CGUGUUAAUGAUUUUUGUGUUUUUUUAAUCGGAUUUUGGUUGUUUUAGUCUUGCUUUCCUAGUGCGGGUAUGGUUAUAUUGUGUUUUCGUUUUUUUGUUAUAAUUUUUUCGUAGUUUUAUUGUUUAGAGCAGAGAAUUGAACGCAUGAUUGUGCAGGCGUAUGUUUGAUUAAGAACUUUGGUGCUGCGUUAUGGGAUGCUUUUGUAGUUGUUUUCGUGUCCCGGUGGAGGAGGAUGGCGGUGCUGUGGUGGUUGCUUCUGGUAGCCAAAAUCGCGCACCUUUCAGUUACAUGGCACAAUUUUUCGAUAACAAGUAUGGAGUUGUAUCUGGGAACCCUUCUUCUGCACAGACAGAGGUUAGGACUCAUACGCCGCGAGAUGCAUCAUCAGGAAGCAGUUCAAGUUCCAGAAAUCUUGAAUUUCAGCAGCGUGUUGCUGUAGUAGAACCAGGCAGAGGCUUGAGAUUUUUGCAGUCAGAGCAGGGGCCACCUGAAGGGCACGAUGUGCUAGUGAAGAGGCCUUAUAUUACCACACCAGAAGCUGGCACUAAUAUGCCCCGGGGUACAUUAUUACCAAACAGUUUGAGGUCUAGGAAUCUUGAUCUGCAAGGGAAUGUUGCUGUCCAAGGAAAUGGCACAGUCUCGGCUCCUUUGCAAUUGAGGCAUGGGCCAGCUGAAGGACACGAUGUGCAAGUGAAUGUGUGUAGUAAAAGCAAAGACAAUGCCGGCAAAAUUUCAAAGGAUGAUAAGGCUGAAGCCCUUCGUUUUGCAUCCCCUGUAAACGUGUCAUCUGAGAGAGUUGAGACUGAAUAUAAACAAGACUUUUGUGUAACGAGAGACGAAGUAGAAUGCCCUACAUGCCUCGAAGAAUAUACUGAUGAAAAUCCCAAGAUAACUUCACUAUGUAAUCACAAUUUUCACCUUGGCUGUAUCUAUGAGUGGAUGGAAAGAAGCACUACUUGUCCAAUGUGCUUUGAGGAAAUGAAAUUUCUUGAAAAUAUUUAGCAGCACAGCCUGAGAACAUCUGAGGCUAGUCAAGACUCAAGAGAAGCAAAUGAAGAACACAGUUUCUAUUGUUAGAAGCUUGCUAACAAAUAUGGGAACUUCUACUGGAGGUAAGAUGUAUAGGGAAAUUUAGGUUCUGAAUGCCAGAUUUGUUAUAACUUAUAAUCAUAGUAGCCUGAUUUGAUCAAUAUUAUAUAUGUGUGUAGAAUAUGGAGCAUUAUUUCUCCUCUGGUUAUUGUAGAUCGUUUCUCAUUCAUGUACCUCU